GCGCAGGCGCCCUGGUGGCCCCGGCUCAGGAGCAUAAACAAGAGCCGGGCCGGGAUGAGGCGGCGGUUGAUCCCGGAGCAGCGAGUGGCGGCGACCGCGGCGGCUAGCGGGGCACGGCGCCGACCCUGAGAGCAGCUCAACCUGCUUUCCCGCGCUUGAGCCCCCGCCGGCCGCCGCAGCCAUGAACCUGGCCAGUCAGAGCGGCGAGGCCGGCUCCGGCCAGCUGCUCUUCGCCAACUUUAACCAGGACAACACGUCCCUAGCUGUUGGUAGUAAGUCCGGUUAUAAAUUUUUCUCCCUUUCUUCUGUGGAUAAGCUGGAACAGAUCUAUGAAUGCAAUGAUACAGAGGACGUGUGCAUCGUAGAGAGACUCUUCUCAAGCAGCUUAGUGGCCAUUGUGAGCCUCAAAGCACCUAGAAAGCUCAAAGUCUGCCACUUUAAGAAGGGUACAGAGAUAUGCAACUACAGCUACUCCAACACCAUCCUGGCUGUGAAGUUGAACCGGCAGAGGUUAAUAGUGUGCCUGGAAGAGUCUCUGUAUAUCCACAAUAUUCGGGACAUGAAGGUACUGCAUACCAUCAGAGAGACGCCCCCAAACCCUGCAGGCUUGUGUGCUCUGUCCAUAAACAAUGACAAUUGUUACUUGGCAUACCCUGGGAGUGCAACCAUUGGAGAGGUACAAGUCUUCGACACCAUCAAUCUGAGAGCUGCAAACAUGAUCCCAGCUCAUGACAGUCCUCUGGCAGCACUGGCUUUCGAUGCAAGCGGCACCAAACUUGCCACUGCUUCAGAGAAGGGGACCGUGAUCAGGGUGUUUUCCAUUCCAGAGGGACAGAAACUCUUUGAGUUCCGGAGAGGAGUUAAGAGGUGUGUCAGCAUCUGCUCACUGGCCUUCAGCAUGGACGGCAUGUUCCUCUCCGCGUCCAGCAACACGGAGACUGUGCACAUCUUCAAACUCGAAACUGUGAAGGAAAAACCCCAGGAGGAGCCCACGACCUGGACUGGCUACUUUGGGAAAGUACUCAUGGCCUCCACCAGCUACUUGCCCUCACAAGUCACAGAGAUGUUCAACCAGGGCAGAGCCUUCGCCACCGUCCGCCUGCCCUUCUGUGGCCACAAGAACAUCUGCUCGCUUGCCACAAUUCAGAAGAUUCCCCGACUGCUGGUGGGCGCAUCCGACGGGUACUUGUACAUGUACAACCUGGACCCCCAGGAAGGGGGCGAGUGCACCCUCAUGAAGCAGCACAAGUUGGAUGGCAGCAUGGAGACAGCCAAUGAGAUCUUAGACUCUGCAUCCCAUGACUGCCCCUUAGUCACCCAGCCAUAUAGCACAGCCGUAGCAAAAGGUACUUAUGUGCCUCCGUCCCCGACGAGACCUGGUAAGGGAUGUGACACUCACCUGGAAGCCUACACAGAUGACCUGGGUGCAGCAGGUGGCGCCUGUCUGGAGGAAGAGACAGGCGCCCUGCGGCUGGAUGAGGACAGCGAGCAUCCUCCCAUGAUCCUUCGGACAGACUGAGCCUGACCUAUGAAUUCUGACCCCGGAAGCAGAGAACACCGACUUGAGAGAGGACUUGGUGUUGUGCUGCUGCAAACUUUGACCUGAGUUGGGGGAGAGGGUGGCAGAGACUUAAAAACAGAUCGUAGCUGUAGUCUAAUUCCAUACUGUUGAGAAAAUACAUUGUUUUCACUUCAGUGGCUUUUAAUUCUGCUUAUGAAUUUUAGCUUUUUGGGAUAUUUGGGUUUUUUGGUUUUUUUUUUCUUCUUCUCUUUUUGCCAAAAUUAACUGUUUGGUGAAGUCCUUGAACCCUUCUUGCUUUGCAUGCAUUCAUGUGCCAAGCCAGCCUAGGAGAGCUAAAAGCCACGUCAUAACAAACUGAAGUUGUUUGGGUUUUAUAUAUGUAUAUACUGGUGAGUGGACGGACAGACAGUGUGGCGUUGCACAGCACGGUCUGGUUGGUGAGGCGGGUUCUGCUCUGAUGGGUCUGAGGCCCUCACAUGGGGCUGGCCAGUGUGCGGGGCAGCCAGAGGCUGGAGGAGAGCCCUCUCUCUGUGGACCGCCACCUGGACCAUUCUUCCCCAUUCUGUUUUGUUAAUUAAAUUCUUUCCAAGUUGGAUGAUCCUGGGAUUUCUUCCAUGGUGGACCUUGAUUUUGCCUCUGAUCUUGCUUUCCAUGUGCGUACUGCAAGAAAGAGGAGAUCUGUGAUAUGAAAAGCCUUCCCUUCUGACAGCAGGCGAACCAGAAAGGAUGUCUAGGAAGACCUGGAGGGAAGGAAGUGGUCUUGUUUGUAUAAUUAAAUGAUCUGUUCUUUUUCUUUAAUCUUCCUGUUCAAUGAAUUGUCUGGUUUUUUUUUUUUUUUUUUUUUUAAGGAAUGUUUGUAGCUACUCCUCUGUCAAGAGAAAGCACAGAGUUAAAAUUUGAUGGGUAGCUGAACUGUCUCCUUUACCUGAGGUCCCCUGCCUGUCGGGGGCUCCUCCGAUAGGUCAGGAUGGUGGACAGAGCUGGAAGCCCGAGAGAGAAGUGGGCUGGGAACACCUGCUUCCCCAGGUGUUUAUGUGCCUUUUGUAUUUUACUCUUACAAAAUCUGUUCAGCAAAGUGGUGAGAGAGAGAUUGUGGUUACAAGUUUUAGUACUUGCCUAGCUUCCCUUUUCAUUUUUACAGAAUUAAAACAACCUCAGAUACCUCAAGCUCUGCAUUCCAAACCAAGACACAGAAAGGGUAUAUCCGUGCGGGAAUUACAGUGGAGUUGAUGGCAUGAAGGCUAUCAACUCUUUGGAAUAGUGGAAGCUAAGGAUAUAGGUGAAAAAGCAAAAUGCUGUGCUUGCCCCUGCCUCUUCACUUCCCCAGGCUUUUGAACAGAAGCGAGGGUCAGAGGCGCUUGUUUUCAGGUCAUCCUUUGGAUCCUGGUGGCAAAGUGGUUAAGAGCUUGGGUGCUAACCAAAAGUUCAGCAGUUCAGAUCCACCAGCUGCUCCUUGGAAACCCUGUGGGGCAGCUCUGCUUUGUCCUGUAGGGUUGCUAUGAGUUGGAAUCGACUCGAUGGCAACAGGUUUUGUGUGUGUGUCUUGGUAGUGUUCACGGAGUAGCUUGUGAAAGAGAAAGAGGAACUGAAAAUGUUUCUCACAACCUGACAUUAAGCAGUCCUGGCUUUUAAGUUCAAUCCGUAUUUCUGGAGCCGGCUUAUAAAGUGGCUGGUUUUCCAAUGAAAUCCUAAAUGCAAGUGUGUGCCCAGCCAAGGAAGAAAAGAGCUGCUUAUGGCAGCAACAGGAAGCAUUUUGUUAGGCAGAGGUGUAAGGAGGAGCAGACUGGGCUUUCCUUUAAAGUAGAAUCUCUAGCGUGUCUGUCCUGGAUCUGACAGAAUGUGAUUCACAGCAGUGUCCUCUGAUUCACAGAGGGGCUGCUGAGCCCUGUCAGGUUAUUUCUUUUCCAGAAGAGCCUUAGCAGAACACAGCCCUGACCAGGCCAGAGUCUUGUGGCGUAGGACCUGAAGAGUUCUCUCUCUCACUGUCUCUCUAGAGCAAGGCAUUGGACACUAGUUCUUUGGUGGCACAUUGGUCAGAGGGAGUGUUAAUGGGGGGAAAAGUCGAAAGAAUCCACAAUGGAGAUGUGGAGCCCAAUGCAAGGGUUUCCUGACAACCAAAGAGAGAAGUGCAUUUCAUGUUUUGUGUUAAAAUAUUAAUUUCAGUGUCUGCUUGUUAACUUUACACUUGUGAUUUGGGGAAUCAAAUCUACUUUGCCGGGUUUCUUAUAGUCAAAAGGUAUGUGCUUUCAUCUUUGGAAUUGGUAGUCCUAGAAGAUAUUUGGAAUUCACUCUUCCCUUUUGGCUUCCGUUUCCUCAACUUCAUGAUGAAGCGGCUAGAAAAGAUGGUCUCUAAUAGCCUGUGGUCCCCGUCUCCCGUGGGUGGCCCCCGGCAGAGCCGGGCAGGUAGGUGAGCACAGGGAGCUGCGCCAGCUGCUUGUCCUCUUGCGAGCUUUUCUUGUCUCAGUCCGAUUCAACCUGUCUCCUCGG